CUCUACUGCCGUCAACAUGGUCGAAUGGACAGACUUCGAGCGCGCCACCAUCAAGGACAUCUUCGACAAGAUGGACUUUGAAUGUGUGGGCCCUGCAGCUUUUUCCAGGUGUCUGAUCGUCUACCCCUGGACUCAAAGGUAUUUCGGUAACUUUGGAAACCUCUUCAACGCCGCUGCAAUCAUCGGGAAUCCAAAUGUUGCAAAACACGGAAUAACCAUCAUGCACGGUCUGGAGCGAGGUGUGAAGAACUUGGACCACAUGACCGAAACCUACGCCGAGCUGAGCGUGCUGCACUCUGAGAAACUGCACGUGGACCCAGACAACUUCAAGCUCAUUUCCAACUGCCUGACCAUCGUGAUUGCUUCUCGGAUGGGCAAAGCCUUCACUGGUGAAGUCCAGGCUGCGCUCCAGAAGUUCCUGGCCGUGGUGGUGUUCUCCCUGGGAAAGCAGUACCACUAAAGAGCUGCAACAGAAGACCCUCACAAGCUCACCAUAAAAAGCUGUGUGUUUUUUUUAGAUGUCUCCACGGCAUACAUAAAUAAAACAAUCAGCAUUUUAACAAGU